AAAACACAUCAAAAAGAAGACCAGAGGGUGGGCCGCGCGCCAUUAAUUGGUGAGGCGGGGCAGGAAGUGUUUGUGAUUAUCAAAGAGACAAAGUAAUCAAAGAUCCCAACAACUUUUCUCUCUUUUUCUCCCAUGGAGAUCUUCCCCAGAUUUAUAUCCCAACUCCUGUCCUCAGCAUAUCGAAUUUCCACUCUCCGAUCGUUUCUCUUUCUGUAAUCUUUAUGAUCGAACUACCAGAUCGAUCAUAUUUUUUGAUGCGCACAACCCAUUCAUAUAUGUGUGUGUGUAUACAUACAUAUAUAUAUAUAUGGGCGUCCAAUUUAAUCAAACCCAUUCAUCGAAGCUUUAUUCUUCUUCAAUUUUGUUCAAUUUCUUGAGCUCAAAUUAGAUUAUUUCCCUUUCUUCUUCCCCUUCAAUUACGUAUAUUGAUCCAGUCACAGAAUUCGAGCCAAAGGGAAAUGGAAGCAGCCGAUCAACGCAAGUUCCACGUUCUCGCCGUCGACGACAGCAUCGUGGACCGGAAGCUGAUCGAGAGGCUGGUGAGGGCGGCUUGCGCCGGCGACGAGGUGGCCGUGACGGUGGUGGAUUCCGGGACGAAGGCCCUCCGGGUGGUGGAGGAAGCGGAGGUGAAUCUGAUCAUCACUGAUUACACCAUGCCCGGGAUGACCGGCUACGAUCUGCUCCGGGAGAUCAAGGGCUGCUCCGCCUUCAGCCACAUCCCCGUCGUGGUGGUCUCGUCCGAAGACGUCCCGUCGAGGAUUCGCAGCUGCCUGUCGGAGGGCGCCGAGGAGUUCUGCCUCAAACCCGUCCGGCUCUCCGACGUCAAACCGCAUCUCUUGAACGCCGCCUGCAGAGGAAGGCCGGCGGCCGGACUGAAUCCCGCAAUUUGCGGAAACGCUUGAUUUGUCGAUUAUCUUACGGAGCACUCUGUACUAAUGAACCACUAAUUAAUGCAAAUUAUUAGAUCAAAUUUGAGGAAUUUGAAUCCCUGUUUGUUUUAGUUCUGAAUCGAAACUAGAAAUCAGGGAAGGCGAAGGACAAAAUUGAGUUCGAUUUCAACCCUAGCUAGAACCAAAUGCUCCGCCUUCUGGCCGUAGCUCUAGCUCCGAUGAACGACGGCGCCGCUGCAGUAAAAGUAAAACACAUCAAUUGGAAAAAAGAAUACAGAAGGGAUUAUUUG